UGUUGUGCCCAGGGAUAGGGGUUGCGGUGUUGAGGGGCUGCAGGGUUUGUACGGGCUCUGAAGCUAGUACACCAUGCAGGCUCAAUGUCAGCUGGUGUGAUCUGUGCCCACACCACAGUACAGCUCUCGGCUCAUGCUCUGAACCCUCAUAGGGGACUGGAGAUUAGCUCCUGUGCCCUUUCCUGUGUUUCCAGGUUAGUAUGCCUGAGGAUGUCUGAGGAUGUCUGGGGAGCAAGCCGAGGACUAGCGGGAAGCCUGAAUGCCAUAGCGUUUACACUGAGCAAGGGUUUCUCUGUGUAGUCCUGGCUGUCCUGGAACUUGAUUUACAGACCAGGCUGGCCUUGAACUCAGAGAUUGGCUUGCCUCUACCUCCCAAGUGCUGGGAUUAAAGGUGUGCACCACCAUGGAUUUCCCUGAGAAAAACUGGCAGCUUUUUGCAGCCUCAGCCAAGCAGAGCCAGGGAGGAAGGGUUUGCAUCAACAGGCUGGCUGUCGUUAACAGCUGACUUCUCAGGAUGUAGCAGUAUGGUACUUCCCAAAAUCUACUUUGUGGGCAGCAAAGGCUUUUGUUUUCCUUUUGGAAAACGAAAGAACCCAACUGAGCUCUGUAAUCACGAGAUGAAGAACCACAGGGCACACACCAGGGCGUGUGGUGGCCACAGGAAGUUGUCUUCCUUUACUGGUCUGGGCGCUCAUUCGGGGAGCUGGUGAAUGGUGGAGCUAUGGAGACACCUGAGAUUGCAGCCGUUAGGAUUGGGCUUGGAGAGCCCUCAGCUGUAUAUGUGUUUGUAGACUGCCCAAAGCGCUAGAACUCUGGAAGCGUGGAGAGACAUCUAGCCCGACAGGGGGAAAUAGAUGAAGACCACAGAGGAAAGAGCUUCGCAAAUGAGAAAAGACUUCCCUGAAGACAUCUAGAAAUCUCCCUCUCUGGGGCGAAUCUAGAACUGUGAACGAUGGAGUCCUUAGACCGGAGAAGAACGGGUGCUGAGCAAGAGGAGGGCUUUGGGAUGGAGGCCAGGAGGGCCACCGAUCUGGGUAUGGUCCCCAAUCUCCGGCGAAGCAAUAGCAGCCUUUCCAAGAGCAGGAGGCUUCUGUGCCCCUUCAUUGAGAAGCAAGAAAACCUCAGCUCAUGGAUUCCUGAAAACAUCAAGAAGAAGGAAUGUGUGUAUUUCGUGGAAAGUUCCAAGCUCUCUGAUGCAGGGAAGGUAGUGUGUGAAUGUGGCUACACCCGUGAGCAGCACUUGGAGGCCGCCAUCAAGCCUCACACCUGUCAGGGCAAGGAAUGGGACCCCAAGAAGCAUGUCCACGAGAUGCCUACAGAUGCCUUUGGCGACAUCGUUUUCACAGGCCUGAGCCAGAAAGCGGGGAAGUAUGUCCGGGUCUCCCAGGACACGCCCUCCAGUGUCAUCUACCAACUCAUGACCCAGCACUGGGGCCUGGAUGUUCCUAACCUCCUCAUCUCGGUGACUGGUGGAGCCAAGAACUUUAACAUGAAGCUGAGGCUGAAGAGCAUCUUCCGGAGAGGCCUGGUCAAGGUGGCCCAAACCACAGGGGCCUGGAUCAUCACUGGAGGGUCCCACACGGGUGUGAUGAAGCAGGUGGGUGAGGCGGUCCGAGACUUCAGCCUGAGCAGCAGUUGCAAAGAAGGAGAAGUCAUCACCAUUGGCGUAGCCACAUGGGGCACCAUCCACAACCGAGAGGGGCUGGUCCACCCCACGGUCGGGGUACAUCUCAAGAGUCGAUUGGAUAAGAAAUGGGCUACAAGGAAAGGGAGUGACCGACUAGAACCUCACAGUCAAGGAGGCUUCCCCGCUGAGUACAUGCUGGAUGAGGAAGGCCAAGGGAAUCUGACCUGCCUAGACCCCAACCACUCCCACUUCAUCCUGGUGGAUGACGGGACCCAUGGCCAGUAUGGUGUGGAGAUUCCCCUGAGGACAAAACUGGAGAAGUUCAUAUCAGAGCAAACAAAGGAAAGAGGAGGUGUGGCCAUCAAGAUCCCAAUUGUUUGUGUGGUGUUGGAGGGUGGCCCUGGCACGCUGCAUACCAUCUACAAUGCCAUCACCAAUGGCACACCCUGUGUGAUAGUGGAGGGCUCCGGCCGAGUGGCUGACGUCAUCGCCCAGGUGGCCGCUCUGCCUGUCUCUGAGAUCACCAUCUCCCUGAUACAGCAGAAGCUCAGCAUGUUCUUCCAGGAGAUGUUUGAGACUUUCACCGAAAACAGGAUCGUGGAAUGGACCAAAAAGAUCCAAGACAUUGUCCGGAGGCGGCAGCUGCUGACAGUCUUCCGGGAAGGCAAGGAUGGGCAGCAGGAUGUGGAUGUGGCCAUUCUGCAGGCUUUACUGAAAGCCUCUCGAAGCCAAGACCAGUCUGGCCACGAGAACUGGGACCACCAAUUGAAGCUGGCAGUGGCAUGGAACCGUGUGGACAUUGCUAGAAGUGAGAUUUUCACGGAUGAAUGGCAGUGGAAGCCCGCAGAUCUGCACCCCAUGAUGACAGCUGCCCUCAUCUCCAACAAACCUGAGUUUGUGAGGCUCUUUCUGGAGAAUGGGGUGCGCCUGAAGGAGUUUGUCACUUGGGACACUCUGCUCUGCUUGUAUGAGAACCUGGAGCCAUCGUGCCUCUUUCACAGCAAGCUGCAGAAGGUGCUGGCUGAAGAACAUGAACGCGUGGCCUAUGCAUCCGCUGCACCCCGGCUGCACAUGCACCACGUGGCCCAGGUGCUGCGUGAACUCCUGGGGGACUCCACACAGCUGCUGUACCCCCGACCCCGUUACAGCGACCGGCCGCGGCUCUCGCUGCCCAUGGCACACAUCAAGCUCAAUGUACAGGGAGUGAGUCUCCGGUCCCUCUAUAAGCGAUCAACAGACCAUGUUACCUUCACCAUCGACCCAGUCCGCGACCUUCUCAUCUGGGCCAUCAUCCAGAACCGCCAGGAGCUGGCAGGCAUCAUCUGGGCUCAGAGCCAGGACUGUAUUGCUGCAGCCCUGGCCUGCAGCAAGAUCCUGAAGGAGCUGUCCAAGGAGGAGGAAGAUACAGACAGUUCGGAGGAGAUGCUGGCACUGGCGGAUGAGUUUGAGCACAGAGCUAUAGGCGUCUUCACUGAGUGCUACCGGAAGGAUGAGGAGAGGGCGCAGAAGCUUCUUGUCCGGGUGUCGGAGGCCUGGGGGAAGGCCACCUGCCUGCAGCUGGCCCUAGAGGCCAAGGACAUGAAAUUCGUGUCUCAUGGAGGCAUCCAGGCUUUCCUGACCAAGGUAUGGUGGGGCCAGCUCUGUGUGGACAACAGCCUGUGGCAGAUCAUCCUGUGCAUGCUGGCCUUCCCUCUGCUCUUCACCGGCCUCAUCUCCUUCAGGGAGAAGAGGCUACAGCCCCUGUGCCGCCCAGCCCGUGUCCGUGCCUUCUUCAACGCGCCUGUGGUCAUCUUCCACCUGAAUAUCCUCUCCUACUUCGCCUUUCUCUGCCUGUUUGCCUACGUGCUCAUGGUGGACUUCCAGCCCUCGCCUUCCUGGUGCGAGUACCUCAUCUACCUGUGGCUUUUCUCCCUGGUGUGCGAGGAGACACGGCAGCUCUUCUAUGAUCCCGAUGGGUGUGGGCUGAAGAAGAUGGCGUCCCUGUACUUCAGCGACUUCUGGAACAAGCUGGAUGUUGGUGCCAUUCUGCUCUUCAUAGUAGGACUGACCUGCCGGCUCAUCCCAGUGACACUGUACCCCGGGCGCAUCAUCCUGUCUUUGGACUUCAUUAUGUUCUGCCUCCGCCUCAUGCACAUCUUUACCAUCAGCAAGACGCUGGGGCCUAAGAUCAUCAUCGUGAAGCGCAUGAUGAAGGACGUCUUCUUCUUCCUCUUUCUCCUGGCGGUGUGGGUGGUGUCCUUCGGAGUGGCCAAGCAGGCUAUCCUCAUCCACAACGAGAGCCGGGUGGAUUGGAUCUUCCGUGGGGUCGUCUACCACUCUUACCUCACCAUAUUUGGGCAGAUCCCAACCUACAUCGAUGGUGUGAACUUCAGCAUGGACCAGUGCAGCCCCAACGGCACAGACCCCUACAAGCCCAAGUGUCCCGAGAGUGACUGGACAGGGCAGACACCCGCUUUCCCCGAGUGGCUGACGGUCACCCUGCUCUGCCUCUAUCUGCUCUUUGCCAACAUCCUGCUGCUCAACCUGCUCAUCGCCAUGUUCAACUAUACAUUCCAGGAAGUGCAGGAACACACAGACCAGAUCUGGAAGUUCCAGCGCCAUGACCUUAUUGAGGAGUACCAUGGCCGGCCCCCGGCCCCUCCCCCCUUCAUUCUCCUCAGCCACCUGCAGCUCCUGAUCAAGAGAAUUGUCCUGAAGAUCCCUGCCAAGAGGCACAAGCAGCUCAAGAACAAACUGGAGAAGAAUGAGGAGGCGGCUCUCCUGUCCUGGGAGCUCUACCUGAAGGAGAACUAUCUGCAGAACCAGCAGUACCAGCACAAACAGCGACCAGAACAGAAGAUCCAUGACAUCAGUGAGAAAGUGGACACCAUGGUGGGUCUGCUGGACAUGGACCGUGUGAAGAGGUCAGGCUCCGUGGAGCAGAGGCUGGUCUCCCUGGAGGAACAGGUAGCUCAGACGGCCAGAGCUUUGCACUGGAUCGUGACAACCCUGAAGGACAGUGGCUUGGGAUCGGAGGCCGGUGUGCUGACCCUGGCAUCCCAAAGGGCUUUCGAUGAACCGGAUGCUGAACUGAGUAUCAGGAGGAAAGCAGAGGAGCCAGGAGAUGGCUACCACGUGAAUGCCCGGCACCUCCUCUACCCCAAUGCCCGCAUCAUGCGCUUCCCUGUGCCCAACGAGAAGGUGCCCUGGGAGGCGGAGUUUCUGAUCUACGACCCCCCAUUUUACACAGCUGAGAAGAAGGACAUGGCCCUCACAGACCCUGUGGGAGACAUGGCAGAGCCCCUGUCUAAGAUCAGCUACAACAUCGUGGAUGGACCAACGGACCGUCGCAGCUUCCAUGGAGCCUAUGUGGUCCAGUACGGGCUGCCCUUGAACCCCAUGGGCCGUACGGGGUUGCGUGGACGCGGGAGCCUCAGCUGGUUUGGACCCAACCACACCCUGCAGCCGGUGGUUACUCGGUGGAAGAGGAACCAAGGUGGAGCCAUCUGCCGGAAGAGUGUCAGGAAGAUGCUGGAGGUGCUGGUGAUGAAGCUGCCUCACUCCGAGCACUGGGCCUUGCCUGGGGGCUCUCGGGAGCCAGGGGAGAUGCUGCCACGGAAGCUGAAACGUGUCCUCCGGCAAGAGUUCUGGGUGCCCUUCGAGACCUUGCUGGUGCAAGGUACAGAGGUGUAUAAAGGGUAUGUGGAUGACCCAAGGAACACAGACAAUGCCUGGAUUGAGACGGUGGCUGUCAGCAUCCAUUUCCAGGGUCAGAACGAUGUGGAGCUGAAGAGGCUGGAAGAGAACCUGCACACCCACGAUCCAAAGGCAUCAAGCUGCGGCCUGCAGAUGUCUACUGAAUGGCAGGUGGUGGACAGGCGCAUCCCCGUGUACGCAAACCACAAGACCAUCCUCCAAAAGGUGGCCACGCUGUUUGGAGCUCACUUCUGACUGUUGGUUCUGGUGGAAGCUUCAGGGGCAGGAGUGGCUAUCCACCAAUGCCCCCCAACACUUGGACUGCUUUAUCUUGGUCUGACUGGCAGGUUAGGGUACUGGGUUGGGGUGGUAGGUUGUGGUGCUGGGUUGAGUGACCACGGGGAUCUUAACAAGUCCCCAGAAGUGGUGUACUGAAAGUCACCUCUGCUACAAGAAGACAGCAUGAAGACAGAAGUACAUUUAGUGGCUCCUGGUGCCCAUGUCCUCAGGUGCCAUGCCUUGACUUGGGCUUUAUGGGGCUCUGUCCAGCAAGAUGCUGCCACUACCCAUAAUCCUGGCUGGAAGUACUACCUCUGGGGCAGGCACUGUCCCCUAGAGAGACCUUGGUCCUCAUUGUGGGAGCCUUCCGUCCCAGGCAGAAGGUAGAUAGAGGCUGAGCCUCUUUCAGGAAAAGACAGUAACCUCAUGACUCCUGGCCAGUGCUGGGUCACAGGCAUUGGGGGAGGCAGUGAGGACUUUGAGCUGGAUGACUGCCAUCCCUGGACUUCAGAAGUGCUCUUCUGGAAGCACUCAAACAGAGCAUCCCCUAGCUCCAGCUGACCUGCUGGCUACAGAAGGUACUAGAAGAAGACAAGGCAUCGUGUCAUAGCCUCUAGAGGAAUGUACCAUUGGGAAUUGGGAAUGUUAAGCUUUCUCUGACAGGUGGCCUAUGACUCAGGGAUUGGUACUGGCUAUGAGAUCAACU